GGCCCGAGUUUGUGUGCGGCCACGAACGGGAACGGGGACCCUUUGACGGUCUCGUUCCCCGUAGCAGAGGAAGCGGAGACUUACUCCUAUGGAGAAGAAGCUGGCUGAAUACAAAUGUAACACAAACGAAGCAAUCCAGCUAAAACUAGUUCGCUUUCCUGAGGAUUUGGAGGAUGACAACACAACAUUUAACCCAGAGUAUAGCCAUCAAGUGUUUGGUGAUGAUGAAGUUGCCUUUGGCUACAAGGGACUGAAGAUUCUCUUAUACUAUAUCGCUGGUAACCUGUCAACUCUCUUCCGCAUUGAAUAUACAUCUAAAGUUAAUGAGAAGUUUGACUGUGUGGAGGCAGAUGAUGUUGAAAGUAAAAUUAGAGAAAUUAUUCCUCCUGGCUUCUGUACAAACACAGAUGACUUUGUCUCUCUGUUGGAAAAGGAGGUCAACUUUAAGCCCUUUGGAAUGCUGCUGCACACAUAUUCUGUUCAUAACGAGGAAGCUGGUGAAGACAUUACAUAUCAGAUAUAUAAGGCUGACAUGACGUGUCCAGGCUUUCGAGAAUAUCAUGAAAGGCUUCAGACAUUCUUGAUGUGGUUUAUUGAAACUGCUAGCUUUAUUGAUGUAGAUGAUGAAAGAUGGAACUACUUUAUAGUAUUUGAGAAGUAUAAUAAGGAUGGAGCUACGCUCUUUGCGACCGUAGGCUACAUGACAGUCUAUAAUUACUAUGUGUACCCAGACAAAACCCGGCCACGUGUAAGCCAGAUGCUGAUCUUGCCACCAUUCCAAGGAGAAGGCCAUGGUGCUCAGCUUCUUGAAACAGUUCAUAGAUACUAUAUGUCUUCUCCUACAGUACUUGAUAUAACAGCUGAAGAUCCAUCUGAAAACUACAUAAAGCUAAGAGACUUUGUUCUUGUAAAGCUCUGUCAAGACUUGCCUUGCUUUUCCCCAGCAAAGUUAAUGCAAGGCUUCAGCCAAGAAAUGGUAAUGGAAGCUCAACAGAAGCUGAAAAUAAAUAAGCAACACACAAGGCGAGUAUAUGAAAUUCUCCGAUUGCGUGCAACAGAUAUGGGCGAUGCAGAACAAUCCAGAAGCUACCGGUUGGAUGUUAAAAGAAGGCUGAUUGGCCCCUAUAAGAAGAAGCAGAGAGAACUUGCCAAGAUGAGAAGGUGCUUAAGACCAGAGGAGUUGACAAAUCAGUUGAACCAAAUAGACCUAAACAUGCAACAUGAACAGUUAGAAGAGAGCUUCCAACAACUCGUUUCAGAUUACCGAAGAGUCCUAGAACGACUUGCGCAAGCAUGAGGAUCCGACCUGUACAGGAAACUUGCAGAUUUCUACACAGUGUUAUGAAGCACAUCCUUAAUUGCCACUUAACUGCAAAAAAAGCAAACCUUGUGACGUUUUAAUCACACUAAGGGUGAAUUGUGUCUCUGUGCAUUUUGAAUAUUUUCUAUUUUUGUGUUGUAGAUUUAAAAUGUUGUUCUUCUUCAAGUUUGGGAGCACUUACUGCUGAAAUAAACUGUAGAUUCUCAGAUACAAUAACACGUAAAUUGUUUGAAUUUUUUAACCUUUCUGUUUUGCCUCAGAGCUAACUAAAUAACUGAAUAGCAAGUUAGUACCUGAAUGUAUAUAUCUAUAUUACAGCUGUUCUAAAUUUCUCUUAACUUCCUCUUCCUCAGACUGUUUCACUUGGGUCCUACAAUAAUACUGUUUAGGCCUGGGCAUUCUUCAGCCACAUGAACAAGUUACAAGACUAGUUCUUCGGUCUGACUGGCAUGCAUCUCAUCUGGAGUGCAGGCUCCUUACCUGUUCUGAGAAGUGGAUCCUGCUGCCACUAGCUGUUAGGACCUGAUCUACUUCAGAUUCUACAGGGGGUAGUCUUAGGCAUAUUCUUUUACAACCACCCCCCCAUGAACCCGCAAGUUCAUUAUUUAAGUAAAAAUACUUUGCAAUUGGAGAAGCAAACAAGGCUUUGUAUUGAUUCCAAAAGCACUUUCCUUAGCUAGUGUAAGAAACUUACAAAUCUGUAGAAAGCAAGUGCUUUUAUGUAGUUCCUUUGCUUCAUGAUUUUAAAUAUUCGUUUUAGAUUUUUCACUCUUCUGCCUAGAAUAUCUUGUCUGUAUUAUAUGUGGUUCAUCUACUGCAGUGUCAGAAACUAUAAUAGUCAUAGAAUCAUAGAAUGGUUUGGGUUGGAAGGGACCUUUAAGAUCACCUAGUUCCAACCCUCCUGCUAUAGGCAGGGACACCUGCCUCCAGACCAGGUUGCACAAAACCCCAUCCGGGCUGGUCUUGAGUGCUUCCAGGGAGGGGGCAUCCACAACCUUUCUGGGCAACCUGUUCCACUGUCUUGCCAGCCUCACAGUAAAGUAUUUCUUCCUGAUAUCUGGUCUAAAUCUACCCUCUUCCAGUUUAAAACCGUUUCCCCUUGUCUUAUUGCUGUAUGCCUGUAUAAAAAGUUCCUCCCCAGCUUUCCUGUAUGCCCCCUUCAGGUACUGGAAGGCCACAAUAAGGUCCCCCUGGAGCAUUCUCUAGGCUGAAAAUUCCCAACCCUGUCAGCCCGUCCUCACGGGGGAGGUGCUCUAGCCCUCUGACCAUCUUCAUGGCCCUCCUCUGGACCUGCUCCAACAGCUCAAUAUUGGAUUAAUGAUAAAAGUGAGAGACCACUCUUGAUCAUAGAAGUAAUCUUGAAGUUAAAUGGGAGUGGUGUUGGGUUUUUUGGUUUUGCUUUCAUCAGGUGUUCAUGAUAAAAACAGAAGAGGGAAAGCUGAAUGGAAGAACUGUACUUAAAUCUGGUUUCUGCGUAGAGAUCCAGGAUCCCAGUGCUUCUGGGGAAGCCUACUGAAGGUGUUACAUUAAUGCUGUCUGACCUUUUGCAUUACUGUAGCUGAAGCCACUCAUGAGAUAGAAGAAGCUACAGCUUUUAAUAAAGCUCUAAGGCU